AAAUCCGGGUAUACUGCGGCGCCAUCGUGCGUGACUGUAGCAUUCUGUUUUUUGUGCUUUUUGAUUAAAAAAAAUAAAUAAAAAAAAUCCUAUAAAGAGAAAGCGAGAAAGAAUUGUGUGAAGUGUGAAGUGUGAGUGACGCACAAAUGGGAGCCGAAGCCUUUUCCAUGAACAGCCACGACGAGGAAGAGGUGCCGGUGCCACUUGUUAUCGGGCUUCAGCCAUCAGCGCUUGUAGACCACGUGGCUCGUGUUGAUUGGUCAUUGCUCCAUCGAAUUCCUGGUGAACACGGUGGCUCCAUACCCGUUGCUCUUGAAGAACUUGAGAAUAUACUGAAUCAAGUAAAUAGUAAUUCCCAUGUUCUUCUCUCUUGCCCUGAUGAUCCUUCUCCUGUUAAGACCAUAGCUGGAGGCAGUGUUGCAAAUACAAUUCGUGGGUUGAAAAGUGGCUUUGGGAUUUCAACUGGAAUCAUUGGAGCUUGUGGUGAUGAUGAGCAAGGGAAUCUAUUUCUCCAUAACAUGUUCCUUAAUGGAGUUGACAUUUCUAGACUUAGGAAGAAGGAAGGACACACAGCACAGUGUGUUUGUUUGGUUGAUGCUUUGGGAAACCGUACCAUGCGACCAUGUCUCUCAAAUGCUGUCAAAGUUCAGGCAGAAGAAUUAACCAAAGAGGACUUUCAGGGCUCCAAGUGGUUGGUGUUGAGAUAUGCAAUACUUAAUUUGGAAGUUAUUCAAGCAGCCAUUCUUUUAGCCAAACAGGAAGGUCUUUUUGUUUCCUUGGAUUUGGCUAGUUUUGAGAUGGUUAGAAAUUUCAAACAGCCACUUCUGAAGCUAUUGGAGUCUGGAAACAUAGACCUUUGCUUUGCUAAUGAGGAUGAGGCAACAGAGCUUCUAAGAGGUGAACAGAAUGCUGAUCCAGUAGCUGCUGUAGAAUGUCUGGCCAAAUACUGUCAAUGGGCUGUAGUAACAUUGGGUUCUAAUGGAUGCAUAGCUAAACAUAAAAAUGAGAUUGUAUGCGUUCCAGCGAUAGGUGAAGCAAAGGCAAUUGAUGCUACAGGUGCAGGGGACCUUUUUGCAAGUGGAUUUUUGUAUGGAGUGAUCAAAGGCUUAUCACUUGAAGAAUGCUGCAAAGUAGGAACAUGCAGUGGUGGGUCUGUUAUUCGUUCUCUUGGUGGUGAGGUGACAUUAGAAAAUUGGCAAUGGAUGUACAAACAUAUGCAGAUAAAGGGUCUUCUCACGCCUGAUACAUCCAAAUGAAAAAGUCCAAUUCAUAGAAAUUUGUUACCUCACUUUGAUUUCUUCCUUUACAAUUCAUCUCUUGCCAUGAGAUCAAAUGCUAGUAGCUGUUGUUCUCCAAUGUUGGAUUUGUUUCACCAAUGCAUGAAAGUUGGAAGCUUGAUAUUUUAAUGGAAAUUCAUUAGUAUAUAAUAUAUUUGAGUUUUAAUGGCAGUAGGAUUAACAACUGCUGCUAAUUUAAGACACCAAUAAUA